AUGGUUUGCGAACCCGAGACUUACUACUUGAAACCCAAUAAACAUGCGCCCAAUAAUGAUAUGCCCGUCCUGAUUUAUCGCGACUGUUUGCCCUUGCCGCUGUCUGAAGAUAGGACGACUGGGUUCCUCGAGGCUCAUGCUUGGGUGAAGAAGGGCGUUUGGGGACAUAUUCCACGUCGCCAUUUCCAUCCGAAUACACAUGAAUGUUAUGGCGUGUUUCAAGGCUCAUCGACUAUUUUAGUGGGAUGCGGCACGAACGACACUGACGGAGGCGAGCAGAUUGAUGUGCAGGCAGGAGAUGUUAUUGUCCUUCCUGCUGGGACGGGGCACUGCAAUCUUCAAAGUACCCCGGACUAUAGAUACAUUGGAGUGUAUCCCGAGGGAGCGCCAAAGUGGCGCAACGAAUUGGGCGAAGAGGCAAUUAAUCUCGAAGAGUACCAAAAAGAGAUCAAUGGUGUAGAUCUUCCAUUGCAAGAUCCGGUCAACGGUGCAGACGGGCCUUUGCUCCAGCUAUGGGCAAAGCCUUCGGACUGA